AUGCUGCGCCGACAAGCCCGCGAGCGUCGCGAUUAUCUCUAUCGGAGAGCUUUGCUACUCCGUGAUGCCUCGAUCGCCGAAAAAAGAGCGCAACUCAAAGCUUCAUUGGCCUCUGGAAAGCCUUUAGAUCCUACAAUCGCAAACGAUAAAACGCUUCGCGAAGACUUCAAAUAUGACGAAUCAAAGGACAAGGCAGACGCUGAGAUGGAUAUUGACGAUGAAUACAUUUUGACCUCCGGCAUUAUCGACCCUCGUCCUCUGGUUACCACCUCUCGCUCACCCUCCGCUCGUCUCGGCGCAUUCGCGAAAGAAAUCCGACUUCUCCUCCCUACCGCUAUUCGCCUCAACCGUGGAACACUCGUUCUUGGAGAUCUCGUCUCCAGCGCAACCUCCGCGGCUCUGACCGACAUGAUCCUCCUCCACGAGCACCGUGGUACACCGACCGCUCUCACCAUUUCCCACCUUCCCCACGGCCCGACUGCCAGUUUCUCCCUUCACAACGUUGUUCUGCGCCAGGAUAUUCCGAACGCCGCUCGUGGUACCGUGUCAGAAAGCUACCCGCACCUGAUCUUCGAGGGAUUCAAGACCAAGCUGGGUGCUCGCGUCGUUCAGAUUCUAAAGCACCUCUUCCCCCCGCGCGAGACCGGAAAGGUUGGCAACAGGGUUGUGACCUUUGUCAACAAAGAUGACAACAUCGAAGUGCGGCACCACGUGUUCGUUAAGACUGGGUACCGUGAUGUGGAGCUUGCUGAAGUUGGGCCUCGCAUGACUAUGCGACUUUUCGAGAUUCGCGGCGGCACAUUGGAGAAGGGUUCAAGUGGCGACAUUGAAUGGGCACUCACCCAGUACACAAGGACCAGCAAAAAGAAGGACUAUCUUUGA